AUGACGACUGAGAUCCUGACGGAGAACCUAACGGAGAACCUGACGGAGAACCUGACGGAGAUCCUGACGGAGAUCCUGACGGAGAUCCUGACGGAGAUCCUGACGGAGAUCCUGACGGAGAUCCUGACGGAGAACCUGACGGAGAUCCUGACGGAGAUCCUGACGGAGAACCUGACGGAGAACCUGACGGAGAACCUGACGGAGAACCUGACGGAGAACCUGACGGAGAACCUGACGGAGAACCUGACGGAGAACCUGACGGAGAACCUGACGGAGAACCUGACGGAGAACCUGACGGAGAACCUGACGGAGGAUCCUGUGAAUGUGUCUCUUGUUAAAUCAGUUUUCUAA